GGCAAUACCAACCGCAGCUGGCAUUAGUUGGUGGCCCAGCCUGCAUCCUUUGAUUGUUCUGAAGAAGUGAAGAUUGCCAAAGGCCAUUGUGUCAAGGCUUUGCCCAAUCAGUGCCAUUUAACUCCUGACCCCCUCCAACUUUUCAUCUCACUGCUGGUCUUUCUGAUUUCAACAUACCUGGGCCAGGGAGGCACAGACACCAAUAAAAGGGAACAGGACUCGAGCGAAGGACAGAAAUCAUCAGCCAGGAAGGUCUUGAAUCUGGUCUUGAGUUGUUAUCAUGGGGCAAGCAGCAAUCUGGACAGGUUUGAUUCUUCUGCUGUUGCUUCAGUACAGUUCUGCUGCCAAAUUGGUCUGCUACUUCACCAACUGGUCCCAAUACAGGUCAGGCCAGGCAGCCUUCCUCCCCCAGAAUGUGGACCCCUUCCUUUGCACUCACAUCAUCUACGCCUUUGCUGACAUGAAGGAUCACCGGCUCACCACGCUUGAGGCAAAGGAUGUACAGUUUUACAAGGAUUUAAACAAUCUGAAAAGCAGGAAUCCUAACCUGAAAAUUCUGCUAGCCAUUGGAGGCUGGAAUUUUGGCACCAAGAAGUUCACAGACAUGGUGACCAGGCCCGAAACCCUCCAGAUUUUUGUCCAGUCAGUCAUCAGCUUCCUGCGUCAAUAUAAUUUUGAUGGUUUUGACCUUGACUGGGAGUACCCAGGCAGCCGGGAUAGUCCUGCUAUAGAUAAGGAGCGAUUCACGUCUCUGGUAGAGAACCUGCACAACGCCUUCCUCCAGGAAAGCCAGAAUUCAGGAAAGAACCGGCUCCUUCUGAGUGCAGCAGUUCCUGCAGGUCGAUAUCAUGUGGAUCGAGGCUAUGAGGUCCAGAAAAUUUCCCAGUCUCUAGAUUUCAUCAACCUCAUGACCUAUGACUUUCAUGGCACUUGGGAAAGAACCACUGGUCACAACAGCCCCUUGUACAGGAGGCAGGCGGAAAAGGGAGGAGCAGCUGAAGCUAACAUUGAUUUUGCUGUGAACUAUUGGCUGGAGAAGGGGGUCCCCCCCAACAAAAUGAUCUUGGGCAUGCCCACCUAUGGACGGAGUUUUACCCUUUCCUCUCCUUCAGACACAGGCGUAGGGGCCCCCGCUUCUGGGGCUGGGACUCCUGGUGUCUUCACUAAAGAGGGAGGAACACUGGCUUUCUAUGAGGUGUGCACGUUGAAGGGUGCUACUUUCCACACGAUAGAAGAACAAAAGGUACCUUAUGCUGUCCAAGGCAACCAAUGGGUAGGCUUUGAUGAUGUGGAGAGCUUCAAAACCAAGGUUGGAUAUCUGAAGCAGAAGGGUCUAGGUGGAGCUAUGGUUUGGGCCUUAGAUAUGGACGACUUCAAGGGUACCUUCUGCAAGAAGGGUCCAUACCCACUCAUCCAGACACUGAAGAGGGAGUUGGGAAUCUCCUCUGCAGGUGAAAGCCCCUCUGCAAGUGAAAGUCCCUCUGCAAAUGAGAGCCCUUCUGCAAGAAAGAGCCCCUCUCCAACCCAGCCUUCCAAACCCAUUCCAGGAGGAAACACCUUCUGCGAAAACCAAGAGAAUGGGCUCCACCCCAACCCUCAGGACCCUGCCACCUUCUACAACUGUGUGGGGAAGCGGACAUUCAGACUCUCCUGCCCUGCUGGCCUGGUGUUUAAUGAUUCCUGUAAGUGCUGCGACUGGCCUUAAGUUCAGAAGCUCAUUCUGCCAGGCCAGAACUCAUUCCUCUGGUUCUGCUGCCCACCUUGGGGAGUCAAUCUUGGUGCUCAUUCCCAUCAAGCACAAUACUCCCCUUCUAAGACUUUUCUCCAUCUCAAUUCAGAGCCCUGACACGAGCAAGGAUUCAGCUGUUCAUGGCUGUAUUAUACACUUUCCAUUUUGUUUUUUUCCUUAUUAAUCCCAGAUCUGUACUUUGGGUUCCUAAACCUCCGUUCUCUCUAGAUACAAUAAAUUGUAGCUCUUUCUUCUCUCAUAGGAGAAAUAUGAAGUUAAAA